AUGGCACCCAUCAAGCUCAGCAGCAAGAACCUGCCGCAGAUUGCGGCAGCCGGCCAAGGCGCCACCCAGAUUUCCAUUCCCACAUACGAGCGCAAUGGCGCUGUCAAGGAGGGCAUCGUGCACAUCGGCGUGGGCGGUUUCCAUCGCGCCCAUCUGGCCGUGUACAUCGACCAGCUGAUGCAGAAGCACGGGCUGACCGACUUUGCCAUCUGCGGUGUCGGCCUGCAGCCGUUUGACGCGGCCAUGCGGGAUGCCCUCAACGGCCAGGACCACCUCUACACUGUCGUCGAGCGGUCGGCCAAGGGCAGCACGGCCCACGUGGUUGGCAGCAUCAACAACUACCUGUUCGCGCCUGACGAUCGCGAGGCCGUUGUGGCCAAAAUGGCUCAUCCCGACACCCACAUCGUCUCGCUGACGAUCACCGAGAGCGGCUACUACUAUGACGAACACACGCACGAGCUGCAGAGCGACCAUCCCGACAUCCAGCUCGACCUCGAUCCCGCCAACGAGAAGACGCCCCAGACGACAUACGGCUUCCUCUAUGCCGCUCUCGCUCGCCGUCACGAGCAAGGCCUCAAGCCCUUUACCGUGCUCUCGUGCGACAACAUGCACCGCAACGGCAGCAUCACCCAGUCCAUGCUCGAGACGUUUGCCCGCCUGCGCAACCCUGCCAUAGCCGACUGGAUCGCCGAGCACGGCGCCUUCCCCAACUCCAUGGUCGACCGCAUCACCCCCCAGACGACUGCGGCUGACAAGGCCGCUCUUUCUGACGGCUUCGGUCUCGAGGAUGCCUGGCCCGUCGUUACCGAGCCGUUCAUGCAGUGGGUCAUCGAGGAUGACUUCGCCGACGGCCGCCCGCCCUUUGAAAAGGUCGGUAUCCAGGUGGUCAAGGACGUCUCCGAUGUGGAGCAGUUUGAGAAGCAUAAGCUCCGCCUGCUCAACGGCAGCCACUCGGCCCUCGGCUACCCCGGCCAGCUCGCUGGCUUCAAGUACGUGCACGAGGUGAUGGGCAACCCCCUUUUUGGCGCGUUUGUCUGGCAGAUGAUGCAGGAGGAGGUCAAACCGCUGCUUCCGGCCAUUCCUGGUGUCGACAUUGAUGCCUACUGCCACACCCUUAUUGAGCGCUUUUCCAACCCCACCAUCAUGGACCAGCUGCCCCGCAUCUGCCUCAACGGCUCCGGAAAGAUCCCAAAGUUCAUCAUGCCCUCCAUUGCCGAGGCUAUCUGGCAUACCAAGCCGUUCCGCCGUCUCUGCUUCGUUGCCGCUGCCUGGUUCCACUACAUCCUCGGCGUCGACGACAACGGCCAGCCAUUUGAGGUCGAUGACGUCAUGCGUGAGGAGAUCCAGGAAAAGGCCCGCGCCGGAGGCACCAGCCCCGUCGAGCUGCUGAGCAUCAAGACACUCUUCGGCGACGACUUGCGCUCAGACGAACGCUUCCUCAAGGAGAUGACCACAGCCAUGGAGGACAUUGCCCGAGACGGCAUCAUGAAGACCAUUCCCAAAUACAUUAACUGA